GGCAGAGAGAGGUAAAGACGCUGACUUGUGAGUCGACUAAAGAGGGCAGGUACCACGGACAGGACAAUGAAGGCUAGUGUGGGGCUCAUCUCUUCAAUGGUUCUGUUCCUGCUAAUUGGAACAGUGUUCUCCCAGAGGCCUCGGCCAAAGAAGCCCACCAGACGCCCACCUACAACAAGGAAGCCUCCAGUCCGCAAGCCUGUGACUCCAGCAGCAAAAGAACCCCUGGAGCCCACAGACUUCCCCCCACCCAUCCUAGGCCCACCUUCCAGUUUUUCUGACUGCCCUCGAGAGUGUUCAUGUAACCCAAGUUACCCAAAUGCUCUCUACUGCGAGAACCGAAACCUCCGUGUGGUCCCGGUCAUCCCGUUCAGAACCCAUUACCUUUACCUUCAGAACAACUACAUUUCAGAGGUGACUGCAGAGGCCUUCAACAAUGCGACCGAGGUCCGCUGGGUCAAUCUAGCAAACAACCGCAUUCAAAGAAUAGACAAACAGGUAUUUGAGAAGAUCCCAGCAUUGUUGUAUUUGUAUGUGCAACGAAACCAGCUCAAGGAAGUUCCAUCAGGCCUCCCAGCAACAUUGGAGCAAAUUCGUCUGGAUAGGAAUCUCAUUUCUAAGAUCCCUACCGGAGCCUUCAACAAGAUGGAGAACCUGACUCUACUUGACCUGCACUACAACCAGCUGAGUGACACUGGUCUGGGAAAGAACACCCUGAAGGACCUGAAGAGCCUCUUGCAGCUCAACCUGGCUCACAAUACUUUGAAGAAGAUGCCCUCUGGUGUGCCAGGCAACAUCAUUCAGCUUUUCCUGGAUAAGAACCGUAUAGAUGACAUCCCAAAAGAUUACUUCAAAGACUUCUCUCACCUGGCAUUUGUGAGGCUGAACUACAACCAACUGAGUGACAAAGGAAUCCCCAAGGCUGUGUUUAAUGUCUCCACCCUGCUGGACCUGCAACUGGCCCACAACCAGCUUAAAAUGGUUCCCGUCUUCAACAGUCACCUGGAGCACCUGCAUCUCAACCACAACAGCAUUGAGAGCAUCAACGGCACCGAGAUCUGCCCGUAUGAGAUGCAAGUCGACCUGAGUGACGACAGUCUUGUGCCAAGACUAAGGUACCUGCGUUUGGAUGGAAAUCAUUUGCACCCACCCAUACCUUUGGAUGUCAUCAUGUGCUUCAGACACCUUCACUCCAUUGUCAUUUAGGAGCCAUUCAAGCAAAAUCCUACACACAGACGAAAGCAUUGCACAAGAAUGAAUUCAACCCAGCACAAACUCAGUCAAGCACAGAGUUUAGCUGCAGGAAUGCGUCACUGGAAAAGACGCACUGCAGUUUGCCAGCUUUGACACGGUUUUAAUUUUCAUCGUUGCAGCAAGAAUCCAUAUACUCAACAAAAAACUUGAAAAAAAAAAGGUGAGCAUACAGACAUUUAGCUUGAGGUUUGCUUUGAGUUUUUCAGUGAAUUAAAAGAUAAAAAUAGAAUAGGUAAAGACUGAAAGGACAGGUCCAUUCAUGCAGAUGUAGAGAAGAGCUGUGUUUGCAGCAGGUGUGGUCAGAGUCGAGGAGACGACGGCGGUG